UGUUUUCUCCACCUACUAGCGGUUGGUUGUGUGUCGGUUGAAACAGAAGAGGCGUCAAACAAAAAGUAAAGUGCAGCAACUGGCAGACAAGUUGAAAGGGCACUCAUUUAAAUGUAAGAAGCGACCAAUGGUUAAAAUCAAACAUCGCUGAUUGACCAGCCGACCAACAAUAUUUUUCGCGAGGUGCGCAGAGCGAAAGGAAAAGCAAAGAGGAAAAUCUAAUACACAAAAAGUGAAGAGCCAAAUUGUUGUUAACAGAGUGUGUGCGUGUUGUGUGCAAUAGUUGUUGUUUUGUUGGUGAGAGAGAAAAUCGGAAAAAGGGCGUCGCAGUUUGAAAAUUGAUGUGUGCAUAAAAAUCAAGCUGCAGCAGCCAAAAAAAGGGAGAAGAGAGAGGCAGAGAGCGUGAAAAGCGGAUAGAGAGAGAGGAAGAGAGCGGGUGGCUGCACCUAAAUAACUGUUGUUGCAAAGCCAGCGAAAUCGUGGUCAUUGAAUGGCAGCCUGCAAUAAUGGAUUCCACGCCUAAUGCGGCCCCUCAUCCCAACCAGAAUCGGGACUUCCUAACCCUGCAGUCCCUGCGUCACUCCCGCGGCUCCAGCUCGAAUCUGCGCGCCAGUCGCUCGCCCUCUGCCAGCCGAAGCACCGAGCAAAUGUCCCGGGAGCGAGCCAGCGAGGCAGCGGCAGCCACUCAGACAGCGGCGGCGACAGCGGGAGGAGCGAGUGGCCCAUCCUCCGGAGGAUCGGCGGCAGGACCUGUAUCAGCGACGACCACGGCGGCCGGAGGGGCGACUUCCGGGUCCGGAGCAGCCUCCGCGAACACGAACAGCAAUUCCUCGGCCUCCUCCAGCACAGUGGCAGCUGCACAGGCGGCUGUCUACAGCGGCGGCAACACGGUGACCGGAAGUUUGGGCAGCGGCGGGGUGGUGGCUCGUGGCUUCCGCAGCCACAGUCCCACCCACCGGCGGCGGAGUCGCGAACGCCAGCGACGCACCCAUGGCUCCGACCAGGGCGGUCUGCUGGCCUACAGCGGUCUCGUUGGCGUCAACGACAUGACGGACUUCUUGGGCCCACAACAAGGAGGAGGAGGCGGUGGCGGUGGCGGAAGCGCCGGCACCGGCAGCGGUCUGGAGGACUCCCGUCUGUCCGGUACCGAGGACUACUACUCCUCAUUCGUCUCCGACGAGUUCGACAGCAGCAAAAAGGUCCAUCGCCGCUGCCACGAGCGCAGCUCCAGCGUCCAGGCCAUCGACCGAUUGAACACGAAAAUCCAAUGCACCAAGGAGUCCAUCCGACAGGAGCAAACUGCCAGAGAUGAUAAUGUAAAUGAAUAUCUGAAGCUGGCAGCCAGCGCAGACAAGCAGCAGCUGCAGCGUAUCAAGGCUGUCUUUGAGAAAAAGAACCAGAAGAGCGCACACAAUAUCUCGCAGCUACAGAAAAAGCUGGACAACUACACAAAGCGGGCCAAGGACCUGCAGAAUCACCAGUUCCAGACGAAGAGCCAGCACCGUCAGCCGCGCGAGGUCCUGCGGGAUGUGGGCCAAGGCCUGCGCAAUGUGGGGGGCAACAUCCGCGAUGGCAUCACCGGAUUCUCCGGAUCCGUGAUGUCCAAGCCGCGGGAGUUUGCGCACCUGAUCAAGAACAAGUUUGGCAGCGCCGACAACAUCAAUCAGAUGAGCGAGGCCGAGCUGCAGAACAUGCAGUCCGCGAAUGCCGACGUCUUGGGCAGCGAGCGACUGCAGCAGGUGCCGGGAGCAGGAACCUCCACGGGGUCCGGUGGCGGCGGUCAGAACAACAACACUGGCGGAGCGGGCAGCGGUACGGGAAAAUUCAACAGUGACAAUGGCAGCGAGUGCAGCAGCGUGACCAGCGAAAGUAUACCAGGGGGCUCUGGCAAAAGCCAGUCGGGAGCCAGCCAAUACCACAUAGUGCUCAAGACGCUGCUGACAGAGCUGGCUGAGCGAAAGGCCGAGAACGAGAAACUCAAGGAGCGCAUCGAACGUCUGGAGACGGGCCAAAAGGAAUUCAACAACCUGACCGCCACCCUCGAAAGUGAACGCUAUCGUGCCGAGGGACUCGAGGAGCAAAUCAAUGACUUGACGGAAUUACAUCAGAAUGAAAUUGAGAAUCUGAAGCAAACGAUUGCCGACAUGGAGGAGAAAGUACAAUACCAAAGCGAUGAAAGACUACGUGACGUCAACGAAGUGCUCGAAAACUGUCAAACGAGGAUAUCGAAAAUGGAGCACAUGUCGCAGCAACAAUAUGUCACCGUCGAGGGCAUUGAUAAUUCCAAUGCACGGGCUUUGGUUGUGAAACUCAUCAAUGUGGUAUUAACGAUAUUGCAAGUGGUUCUCCUGCUUGUGGCCACGGCUGCAGGCAUCAUAAUGCCUUUUCUCAAAACGAGGGUUCGCGUUCUCACAACAUUUCUGUCUAUUUGUUUCGUCAUCUUUGUGAUACGACAGUGGCCGGAUGUUCAGGACAUUGGGUCCGGGCUGGUGCGGCAUCUCAAGCAAUCACUGGUGGUCAAGUGAACUGGUUCGGGCUCUCAUCUACCGAGUAUUUCAUACGUUUAUUAGUUAGCCUAAGUUCUAAAGUGCAUAUUUGUAUAUAGCUUAUCGAUAACGAUUAUACCAAUUAUUUUUAACUGAAAUUGUAUCAAUUAUCAACACGAACACACACUCUCGAGAAACUGUACAAAACAUUCAUACGCAUACAACUUACCAUAAACCUAAUCAUCACACCACAUUCUCGCAUCAAAUCUAGCAAAAUUGAUUUAAACUAUGUAAUAACUUGAAAAUGCUGACAUGUCUCCGUGCAUUACUCAACUAUAUUUGAACAUACAUAAUUUAUGUAUAACCUAUAUAAAAUAUUUACAUUACUAUAAAACAAUUGAAA